CGUAACAGUAUAAAUAAAUAAUUUUUCAUUUAUCUAGGAAGGCAAACAUCCAGGAAUAAUUUAACGAAAGUAAAGAAGAUUUCUUCCAAACAGAAGGUCCACAUCGAACAGUCUGCUUUAGACAUUAUGGUGGGAAAAGUCUCAACGUGUCCUAAAAUAAAGAAAGAUUGGGAAAACAGAGCAGCGGUAAUGAAGAACUGUAACUUUACAUACCACUGUCUGCCAGAUUAUAAUGGUGUACAUAGGGAAGUGUGCAUUGAAAGAACGUCUCUUACAGGAGGUUAUUGUCCGUACAUCACAUCCACUGAACAACUUAACUGGAAAAACUGCAGUUUCAGCGAGAAAUGUCCGAAUUCAACAUAUUCUUCUGACGAAGUCUAUAAAUAUCCCGUAUGCUUUCAAAAUUUAUUCAAAGACCAAAGAGAUUCAAGAAAUCCUGAGAGAACAACUUUCGACACAGCCCAAUCUCCAUCGGAGAAGGUCAAUAUAGCAGCUGUUGUAAUAUCAUUACUUGGGAUAGCUAUUAUACUGAUACUAGUAGUACUAGCGGUUGCUUAUUGGAAGAACUACUGUGGAUUAAGAGACCGUUUUCGUAGAAGUACUAUUCUCAGAGGAUUGGGUUGCAUUGGCAAUUCCCAGGAGUCAGGGCCCUUGGAAGGUGUUGCAUUUUUACCGAAUCAAGCAACGACUCCAACACAGGGAAAAAAGACCUUUAAAGAUAAUAGAAAUGUUGAAAGUGAGAAGAAACUGGAAGCAGUAAAUAAACUAUAUUCUCUUGUGCUUUUCCUGAAAGAACUACCCAAAAAAUGCAACAUCGAUAUCAAAGAAAUAGUGAAGGAAACAAAAUAUCUAUACAAAAAAUCUUUCAUGAAUGACCUCAAUAGUGCUGAGGUUCAGGGGUUAGAAACAGAAGACUUUAAAGUAUUAACAAAUUCCACUGUCUUUAUAUUUCUGACAAAUCUGUGCGGCUUUGAAAAACCAACGAAAGGAUGGGAAAGUAAACCUUUCGACAAAGAUGUCUCUCUUGAAGCUGAUAUCGCCAGAAUUCGAAUUCUUUGGAAUGGAAUGUGUGACGGUGAUGUGGAUGAAAAGAUGAUCAGAGAAACAUUCGAACGACUACGAAUUAAAUAUGGGGAAAUGCCUAUCGAAAAUGUUGAAAAUAUGGGAUCCAAAGAAAAAAUAAAUUGGAAACCACUGAAACCUGAUUGUGAAGGAGGCAAAGAUUUCGUUUUGACAAAAAAGGUAAAUUAUAUCAUUCAAAAGUUGGAAGAGAUGGGCCUGGUCGUCUGCAGUGGUGCUAUAGGCUCCGGUAAAUCGGAGGCAUUGAAAUACGUUGCAGAGAAAUAUCGCAAAGAGGGUUGGAAAGUGGAGUGGACAGAAAAGAUACCACUUCCCACAUAUAAGCAAAAAGUGCUUCUCUGCUGUGAUAACUUGUUUGGGGAAGUGGCCUAUGAAUAUUUUACCUUAGAACAAUUGAAGAGUAUAAAAGAAUUGCUUGAAGAAUGCUCACAGUGCCAGGGAGACUCAAAGACAAAAAAGUUUAAGUUACUAGUAUCUGUUCACAAUCAUGUUUUGCAAGAGCUUGAAAAGGACAGACGUGAAAACUUUCAAUCGCUGAAAAACCGGAAUUUUACGGUGGAAAUGGACAGAUUGAAAUCAGCAGAACUGUACCUUAUUUUCAAAACGACCAUUGAGAAAGGAUGUUCGUCACAUAAGGACUGCUGGUAUAAAAAAAAUGACUUCUCACCUGUAGAUACUAAACUGAAGAGUAAUUCAGGGAAAGUUGGAGAUCCUUUUCUACUGAUGGCGUUGGCAAAAAAUCACAAUCUCUUCAAUGAAGCAUUUCCAACUAAAACUAUAGAUUUUUUAGUACGGAAUAAGGAAUUUCCAAAGCUUAAAAUCAGAUGAUUCCAAAUCCUUUUCCAUCUUGCUGUACAUUUUAUUUGUAAGAGAAUAUCACAAAGGCAAUGCUUUAGAAGAAUGGGCAAAGGAGCUACCUACGUCUCUCAAUAAAGAGGACCUUAAUGAUGUUAGUAAAACCGAUAUUGCUGCAUAUUUACAUCAAGAAGGAGAUACCAUUCAAAUUUCACAUGAAAUUUUUCAAAUUGCGCUUUUUCAAUGUAUAUCUAAAGAGGAUAUCAGCAUGGUUUUAAAAUUUUGUGAAUUGCACACAAUGCUUAGUAUUUGUAGACCUAAAGAUGAUCCAGAAGAAUUUACAGUUAAGGUAGAUGACAUUGAUUUAAGACACCUGAAGAGCAGGAAUCAAUGUAAGGAUUUGAUUUUUAAAACUGAUCAUCCAUUUAAAAGAUAUUUCGAAUCUGAAACAACACUUGGUGACUAAGCUACAUGACUGAUGAGCUGCCCAGCCUCAUACAUCAAAACUGAACAAUGCAUUAUUUUGUACAGAAAAAAGGAAUUAUUAUAAAAUAUAAAGUUAUGCAAAAGGUCCACAAGUAGGCUUGAUUGCUCUACAGUAAGAACAGUUUACCAAUGCAAGGCAAAUGUACAAUCAAAUCUACUUAAUAUAGUGAACUACUAUAUCUAUAUAUUCAAAAGUAGUGCAAAGAUGGUGUCACACAGUAAAAAUAAUCAUAUACGAAAAAAAAUGCAGUUCAAAUGUAUGUUUGCCUGAAGGCAGUUAUUAAAUUCAUAAAGCGAUUUGUGGAAUGAAAAUUGGAAACUGCAUUUUUUUCUUUUAUGAUUAUAUAUACAUGUAUAUACACUGUACAUUGUAUAUCCUUACAGCAUCAUUGAGGGGUCCUUAGUUCUACAAUCAUGAGAGUACUCUGGACCCCUGUAAAUGUGAGAAUUCUACUUCAUACACAGUAUGUACAUAUUGGUGGAAAAUUUUGUUUUAAAAUUUUGUGACCUAGUACAGCUGUAUAUAUGAAUGCUUUGGUUUGACUUUAUAUGCUUUGAUUUUUUGGUUUAUAUGUGAAAAUUAUACAUAAUUAUAGUCAUUUAUUCUGAUUUUCAUUCCACACUUUAGUUCUAAGAAGUGAGCAUUAAAAAUGCAAUAUUUACUCAGAUAUUUCUUUGUGCAACUUGUCCUUACAUGCAUUACAAUAAACUAGUCUUUAC